GGCUCAUCGAGACUCCCUUUCGGUCACACUUGCAUCAUAGCAAUUCAUUCACGAGGACGCAAAUGUGAAGAACAAUGAUUUGCAGAACGCGUAUAAAAGAGCGGAUACAGAGAGUCGUCCGGACAACAAGAAAAGUGGACAGUUCCUACAUCUUGCUACUGACUUCUUCUAUACUUCGCUCAUAUAACGAUGUCUCGCGGAUUCUACGACCCAUUCGCCGAGUUUGACCGCCUCUUCGACGAGGCGUUCAACGCGCGGAACAUCGGGUUCGGCGGCAACAGCCAGCCUCGGAACCAGCUUCAGCGCCGCCCUGAAUCUACGUCUUCAGCGUUGAGGCCAAGAAUGGACUUGCAUGAAGACGUCAAGCAGAAUGCCGUGACCGCCACAUUCGAGCUGCCGGGCUUGCGCAAGGAAGACGUGAACAUCGACUUCAACAACGGUCGCCUGACGGUGUCUGGUGAAAGCAAGCAGAGCGCAGAUCGCGAUGAAGCUGGGUAUGCUGUUCGGGAGAGGCGGUACGGCAGGUUCUCUCGUACCCUCCAGCUGCCAAACGGCGUGAAGCCCAAUGAUAUCAAGGCCUCGAUGGAGAACGGAGUGUUGACUGUAACAUUCCCGAGAGCGUCGGCAGAGCAGACUCCCCGACGCAUCACCGUGUCAUAAGGGGCGCAAGGAGGAGGAAAUGGAAGUGCUCUGAAUCAGUACCUGUGUCGUCAAGUAAGAAGUAUCCGGGGAGUGUACGAUUAUGUAGUGGCAUAGUCAAUAUCAGCGACUUCAUUUUUGUU